AUGGCCGAGCUCAGGAAAAACUUGUUUAGUGAAUUCGAGAUGAAGGAUUUGGGGCCUCUAAAAUAUUUUUUGGGAAUAGAAGUGUUGAGGUCAAGGAAAGGGAUAUUCAUAAAUCAAAGGAAGUACAUACUCGACCUUUUAGCCGAAAUCGGGAUGCUUGACUGCAAACCUGCAGAUACUCCAAUGGUUCAAAACCAUGGAUUGCAAAUGAAGGAAGAGGCGAAGCUCGCUGACAGGGGGAGAUAUCAAAGGUUAGUUGGGAAGUUGAUUUAUUUAUCUCACACUAGGCCGGAUAUUGCCUACGCGGUGGGAGUAGUAAGUCAGUUUAUGCAUGCACCUCAAGAAGAGCAUUGGGAAGCAGUUAUACGGAUUGUUCGGUAUUUGAAAGGAACAGUUGAACAUGGGCUUUUGUUCGAGAAACAUGGACACUUGGAGAUAAAUGGAUUCACUGAUGCAGAUUGGGCUGGAAAUCCAAAUGAUAGGAGAUCAACCGCGGGGUACUUCACUUUCGUUGGAGGUAAUCUUGUGACAUGGAGAAGCAAGAAGCAGAAAGUGGUAGCACUAUCGAGCGCGGAAGCAGAAUUUCGCGGGAUAAAGAGUGGGCUGACAGAGUUACUAUGA